UCAUUUUCCCAUCAGUUUCACUGCAGCAUGAAGUACUCUCCAGUGUAAAUUUUACAAAAACCUUAAACGGUUAUAGUUUUAUUCUGAAAGUGUACAUUAAAAAUUAGGGAAAAAAAACGUGUAAGUGAAAAAGAAAAAUUAUUAAUAAUUUGCCAAGUGAAUAAAAGUGAAUAAGUGGAGAAAAUCUCGAAGAAAACAUUAUUAACCGGAACGUGUGAUAUUCAUAACACACACACACGGUCAAGAAUGAUGGAGGCAGUUUAAUUGAGAGAUAUUUACUGAUUUAUUAAUCGGCCUUUCGAUGGAAAGUGAGAAUCAUCAUUUAAAAUCGCCGAAUGUACCCCGACAAGAUUCGGGUGUACCGGAGGAUAUCAAUUCACCAACGAAUGACUCGAAAAAUGAAGAGGAUGCCGAUAGCACGAUAAACAGCGACUGUAACAUAACAGUGAUUGAUGUGAAUGAAUUAAAAUUAAACAAGGAGAAGGUUGCUUUGCAAGUUUUAGACAAAGAGAAAAAAGACUCAGAGAGCAAAGACAGCAAGGAUGGAAGUGAUAGUGGAGUGGAAGUUUGCGUUACAGAAAUUCCAAGGGCAAGAAGUAACAGUGUCGACUAUGCGAGUAGUUGUGGAGGCCUCGAUGAAGCGUCUUGUGAUUCUAGUCUAGUAAGUUGUUGUUCCGUCUAUGAAGAUCCAUGCGCUAUUUUGCCCGAUGACAUGAGACUGAAUGCAGGAGGUGAAGGAACAAGCGAAGGCGGUAGCGAAAGUUCAUCGGUAACUGGAAGUAUAUCAGCACGAAUGAAUCGCAUAAACAGCAAACGAACAUCAUUGACAUCAAAUUCAACGAAAAAAAAAACCAAUACCGUCGAACAAGCGCAAAAAAUUUCUCGUGCAAAACCCUCGCCUACUAAUAAUAAUAAUAACAACAACAAUAAAGAUUCUACCUCAACAUGCGCAACACCACGAUCAAAAACACGAUCAGUCACGCCAAGAAAUAUCGUUACCAGAACACCGUCAAUUAAUCGCGAUAGAGGUAAAUCACGUGAUAAAUCAAUUCCAAGGGAAAAUUCAAUAGAAUGCACAACAUCGAGCAGUCGAUGUUCAACCCUUCGUACAACAUCAAAUUCCAUACCACCGAAAACAAGAUCUCGACCAACUCCCGAUUCUUUACCUUCUGUUCUCACCAAUGAAAUUAAUAAAGAUUUGGCACAACGAGGAAGAGGUGCAACUAUUUCCAGAACGAGAGGUGGAACUAAUAAUCGUGGACGAUUAAAUACACCAACGACACCUUCUUCUGAGGAAGCACGUAAAUUACCACCAUUAUCGGCGAGAACGGUCUACACUGGACGACUUGAAAUAAAAAAUAUUCGAAACGAUAGAAUGUCAUUGAGUUUAGAUAGAAAUACACUCGAGGCUUAUGCAACACUACCACGUAGACCUAGAACAAGAUUAUCAAUUGGUAUGCCAAAUGAAAAACCGGAAAUUGGUGGAAGAAGUCGAUCGGGAAGUAGAGAAACUAGUCUAAGUCGAAUUAUGCAAAAGAAGACGGGUAAUAGUGUAAAAGAAUCAAUGAAGAAUAAUUUUUCAUUGAAAACAAAGUCAAUUGAAAAGACACGAAUUUAUCAUGAAGUUAGUAUACAAACGGGAUUAACAGGAAAUGAUAUUGAGAAUGUAUUGGCUGGUAUUGUUACAAGAUUACCAAAUCCAGAGGCAAGUGAAAAAAUUCAACAGGAAAUACAAACUGAUGGUUCGUGGGAGGAUAUUAGAGUAUUAAAGGAGGAAUGCAAAAGAAUUGAGGAUGAUAAUAAUAAACAAAAGGAGGAGAAUAAAAAAUUGAAAAUAGAAUUAGAAGCAGUGAAAAAACGUCUAAAGGAAGAGGAGGCUGAUCAUGCGUUUGCACGACAGGAAUUGGAUAGAAAUGCUCAGAGAGUAUUGGCGAUGCUCGGUACACCACAAUCUGAAUAUCCCGAAGGUAGCGAUAGUUUUCUGGAAUUGGAGACACAUUUGCAGUCGUCGGGAAAAGUCGUUGCAAAUCAGCAAAUUGAAAUUGCUGACUUGCAGUCCCUUUGCCGAAUGCUCAAUAGAGACUUGGAAAAAAGUUUAGCUGCUCAGAAAAAUCUACUUCAACAACAACAGGAAUUUGAAGCAGAAUCAACGGAAAUGCAGGAUUUUCUACAGGAAGAAAAAUCUGCUUUAGCAGAGGCACUUAAGGAUUCUGAAAUGGAGUUAAAAACAAAGGAAGACCUCGUGGCACUUCAAAGAUCUGAACUUGAAAGACAAACCGAAGAAUGUAAACAUUUGGUGCGCAUCAGUGAACAAAGAAGACAAGAGAAUUUAUCUUUGAGUGUGAGAUUAAAUGCAAUUGAAAGAAGAGGCAGAGAAUUUUCUCUUGCACAAGGAGCAGCUGUUUCUGGAGCUUCGGUUGCACUAUCUGGUCUCGGAAAUCGAUUGGAAGGAUUAGUAGAUCAAUUAAUUAUGUCAUACAACAUUUUAGAAAAGGAUCUUGAGGACGAAAUUUUCCAUAACGAGGCUUAUAGUCAAAGUAACAGUAGUGUUGACUCGAGUCCAGUAAGUUCGAGGCACAGUAUUAAGGAUUGUACACCCAGUCCAAAAAGAGGAUCCUUUGUUUCCGCUGUUAUUGGCGCAAUUAGAAAUGCAGCGACACAUCCCUUCAUGGGGAAAAGUGACAAAAAAACGACAACUGCCAAACAAAUUCAAAAAGAACUGAGUACAGAAUCUUCGUCCGAGCUACUUGAUUUUGAAACGGAACCAUGUCUUAUGAUGGAAAGUGUUUUGGAGGAUGUUCCAUUACCUGAUACAUAUUCGCACAAUAUGAUAUCGAGCUGUGAUUCAUUGAGAAGAGCUCUAAGUGUUCCUGAAACAGAUGAAGAUAAUUUUCGCAAAACAAGACUCAAAGUUGAAAGCACUAGUUUGACAAAUCUUUCACACGCUAUUUUAAAUAGACGAAAGGUGGAAGAUGAAGAAGAAGACAAUUAUGAGUCUGUGAGUGAGUCAGAUAUUCUAGACGGUCCAACGUCAUUAAAUUAUUGUCCAGCAAUUAGUCUUGUUGAUCAAGUCAUUGAUGUUGAUAAUCUUGUUACUAAACUUUUAAAAGUUUUGCGAAUCAUUCAACUUGACAAUGAUACAUGUAUUCGUGAACUCAGAGACGAAAAAACUACACUGGAGGCUAGACUGGAAAUGUCUGCAGAGGAAUUGAAAGAGAUGCAGAGGACAUUAGAAAGCUUGCGUGAGUCAGAUGGAUCUUAUGAUAAUGUAGUUGAGAGAAAAAGCAUAGUAGAAAAUUGUCGUCAUUUGAUAAAGGAGACGGUGAAAAAAGAGGAAUUAUUGGCGGAAGAUGCUGAGGUGGAUCGAGAACAAAUUAAUGGAGAUCACAACGCCAACGAAUCAGGCCUUCAUUCUUCCAGAACAUGUUCCUAAUAAAAUUCUGCCACGUCCAAUUCUUUGUAAUUAUUAAAAAAAAAAAAAUACUUUUUAGAAUCGACGCAGUUCAAAUCCAAAAGAAUCAACAAAAAUGAAAUAAAAAAAAAGUCGUUAAGACGAUUGACAUGAUUCUUUUUUUUAAAAAGAUACAUAUCGCCAGGUUGCGAUUGUCCUAUAUGUAAUUGUCAAAAAGAAAAAACUUUAAAAAAACGCUUAAUACGAAAAAUGUGAAAAAAUUUUUCGAUCUGAAAGUUUAAAAUGUUAAAAAUCAAAUUUAUCUGUACAUAUAGAAAAUGCGAUAUUGUUGACAAAGUCAAUAUUGUAGCAAAUCGCGACUUAUUUGAUGCUGUUGCCUUUUUAUUCUAUUUUUCGAAUCAGUAUUUUUUUCCAAUAACACUCACAAUUGAGUUUUUUUUUUUAAUUUGCCGUUUUUUCUAUAGAUUUAAUAAGCAAAUUUUUGAUAAAUUUUUAAUUUUAAUCGAUUCAAUUAUUUUUUUAAAUUUAGAUGAAUUUUUUGAAAAAGUAACGUUAAUAAAUUACUAUUAUUAUUAUUAUUAUUAUUGUGGGUCUUCCAAUGCAAAACAAAAAGAAAUAUCAAAAUUAGUUAAUGAAAGAAAUCGUUUUAGAAUUUUCCUUUCAUCCGUGAUUAAAUCGCAUUCUGAUAUUAUAAUUAAAUAGUUUUAUUUUGAGAAUAUGUUUUUUAAGUCAUUAUUUUCAAGACUGUAUUUUUAUGUUAUUAUUCUUUAAAAAGAAAGAAAGAAAGAAAGAAAGAAAAAAAAAGAAUGCAUCGAAUCGAAUUUUGACGAAUUGUUGCAAACUUAUAAAGAGAUUCUAAUGUGAAAUGUUAAGCUUUGUCAUGAAAAAUGAAAAAAAAAAAAAAUUUUUGAUAGGAAGAAAAAACAAUUUGAUUUACGUUAUAUAUAUAUAUAUUAUUUUGAUGCGUGUGUACAAUAGCCGAAGGAAUUUACACUUUUUAGCCUAAACAUAUUUAAUUAGAUCUCUAUUCUGAUUCUUUUUUUUUUUAAUGCUCAAUUAUGCAUUUUAAUGUAAGAAAAACUCGUGUGUGUUAGCAAAAAAGAAAAACAGUUUGCUGUGAUUUUUCAUGCUAAUCAUUUUGUUUGAGAGAUUCUUGAAUUAUUUUCAAACUCUUAUUCUCUUUGCGUGUGUAUGUGUGAGAUAAUUUCCCCUUAAUUAAGGAAAAGAAACAAAAAAAAACAGACUUUCGAGAGAAACUUGAUGACUCAAUUUUUAUUUUUUAAUUUAUAUUAACUGAUGACUCGACUUUUGAUUUUAAGUUCAAUUUUUGAUGAUGACUCAACUCUUUCUUUUAAGUUCAUUGAAAAAUUAGUUAUUUUAAUAUUUUUUUUUUUAUUAUUAUUGACGUGAAAGAGUGUAAAAUGACCAUCAGUAUAAUUAUAUUAUAUAUUAUUCACAAAUAUAAUUGAAAAAAAUACUCAAAACUACAAAAUUGAAGUAAAAUUAAUUUGCAAAAAAUUUUGUAGCCUAUUAAAAAAAUCAUAGACUUAAUAAUUUUUUUUUAUACAUGAUGAUUUGCCAAAGAAGCUGGUAUAGAAAACUGUAACUUUAAAGAAACAAAUAAACUUUUCCAUAAAAAAUUAAAUUAUUUUUUUUUCGUAUCCUUUUUAAUUAAUAUGUAUUUAUUAAUUUAAAUAAAUAAUUUUAAAUUGUAAUUUAAAAUUAUUUGAAAACAAUUAUAAUAUAAGGAAGGGGAAAAAUAAUUAACAUUGAAUUUUUUUUUCAUUGAAAGUAAAUAAAAAUUGAGAAAAUUUUUAUGAGAAUGAUAUUUUUUUUAUUACAAUUAUACAUGUUAUAAUGUGCUCGAUGAAUGCGUUGAUUUAACGGCAUGUAAGAGAGUCCAAUGUGACCUUGUAUGGGAAAAUGUGUUUUAUAAGAACCAAUUUCACUCUAAAAUGAGAAAAGAUUUUUGUUUAAAAUUUUCAGGAAUGAUAAAAAAUGGUAUAAUGCAUAUCGCUGUUCUCCCAAAAACAAUAAAUAAAUUAUUUUCAAAAAUAAAAAAGCUUAAAAAGUUAUAUUUUUAAAUGAAAAUGAAAUCAAACAUGGCGUCGGGUAUACAGACGUCGCUUGAGUGUAUUAAGGCGCUCUCACACCUUUUUGGCUGCCUGCAGGUUACCAUGGCAACGCAUGAGAGUAAUGGCGCACUCACACCUUUUUUGGCUGCCUGCCUGCCUGCAGGUUACCAUGGCAAC